AUGACUAAAAUUUUAACUAAAUAGCUUAUCAUUUAGAAAGCCAAAACAGAUAUCAUCGAAAAUAUUAAAUCAAUAAACUUAUGGGGAAAUGAUUUAGAAGAAAUAUCUUUUAUUAAAGAAUUGAUUAAUUUAGAGCUUGCUUAGUUAGCUUCUAAUAAAAUUAAUACUCUUAUAGAUAUAGUUAAAUGUUCACAUCUCAAAGAUCUAAAUUUAAGAAAUAAUAUGAUAUCAAAUCUUGAAGAACUUCCAUUAUUAAAAUUAUUACCAAAUUUGAAAUCAUUAACACUUUUCGAUAAUCCUAUAUCUAAAAAUCCAAAAUAUAGAUACAAAAUACUAAAAUAUGCUGUUUAAUUAGAAAAAUUAGACGAUAUAAUUAUUUCAUAAGAAGAAAGACAAAAGGUAUUAUAAGAGGAAGAGAAAGAAAAAGAAAAAGACAAUUAGAAUAAAUUAAAAAUAUGCGAAAAAAAAUAAAAAAUAUAGAAAAUAGAUUCUAAGAUCUCGAAAAAAAAAUCUCUUGACAAAAAAUCUAAAUAGAAAGAAAGUGAAGAUUUUAAAUUAGAUAUAAAUAAGAACUAAAAAAAUUUGAAACUAUCAUAAGGAACUAAAUAAAUCUUGUAAAAUUAAUAAUAAGAAAUAUAAUAAUCAAAAUUAUGUGAUUAAUAGAAUAUCUAAUUUACUAAUGAAAACAAAAAUGUGGGAAUGCUACUUGAAAAAAAUGAAACCUCAUCAUUAAAGUUUAAUAAUAAAAUUUAAGAAGAAGCAAUUCUAUUAACAAUGCUACCUUAAACUUCUUAACAGAUUCAAGGCUGCAAUAAUAAUUAAACAGCAUCUUCUGAAACUUCACAACAUAUUCUUUGCGCAAUAAUAUCAUUAUUGAAAUCAUUAUCAGAAGAAGAAUAUGAAUUUUUAAAAAAAGAAGUAGAAAGCAAACUAUUCAAAGAUAUAUCAUGA